AUGGCAAUUAGUAAUGUGUGCCAAAAAUUUGACAAUUUCAGGAAGCUUUUUCGCGAUGAAUUGAAAGAUUCGAAAGAAUAUGAUUUUAAUAACGGAGCAUUUAAGAAAUAUUGUCCUAAUAAUAAUUGUGACGGUGAUAUCAAUAAGAUUAAUGCUGGAUGUCUAUGGUUAUUUAAUUCUAUGUUCGGUACAGGUGGUUAUUCGUUUGAUACUAAGUAUUAUAAGAAUGAGACUGUAUGUAUAGUAAUAUGGUUAGGUUAUAUAUUAAACCUAAAGUCACAUGGUGGAAUCAACACAUUAAACGAUUUUUAUUCUAAACAUAUAAUAAAUAAUACAGAAUACACUGACCAAAAAAUUUAUAAUCAAAAACAUAAAAGUUACAAGGAUGUCAUGGAUGAAAUAAAGGAAUAUAUGAAUAUUAAUAUUAGCCAUAUGUCUAAAUUUUAUGAAUUGCUUAAAUUGUUAUGUAAUUUGAAUACUACUUAUACAAGUAAUAAUAAUAGCAAAAUUUCAGAAGAUGCUAAAAAAUUUGCUGAUGAAUAUCAAACAAAUUUUGAUGAUGAUAAUAAUAAUGACGGCAAUUCAUACAAUAAAGUAUUACUUGUUUUAUCCAAAUAUUAUGAUAAUAUUGGAAAAGGCAGAAAAUUUGAUAAUACAGAAAUAAAUCUUCCUACAUUACCAACACAAAAAAUAUCCAAAACAGUUGAUGUAGAAGGUUCUAAUCGAACUAAAACAGAUGAAUCAUCUAGCGAAACAGAUCAAACAAUUAAUGUAAUGACACCCCUGAGUUCUAAUAGUGCGUUAUCAGACUCAUCACUAAUAAGUAAAUUAGUUCCAAUUUUGUCGAUAUUUGUUGCAAUAGCAAUUUUCUUUGGAAUUUCUUAUAAGUAUUCGUUAUUUGGAUUUCGGAAACGAGCUCAAAAACAGCAUUUAAGAGAAAAACUAAAAAAAUAA